AUGCAGACUUUAAAAUGUGUUGUUGUGGGUGAUGGUGCUGUCGGGAAGACAUGUUUACUGAUUUCCUAUACUACUAAUCAGUUCCCAGCUGAUUACGUGCCCACGGUCUUCGACAACUACGCCGUGACGGUGAUGAUCGGCGAUGAGCCGUAUACUCUAGGAUUGUUUGAUACUGCGGGUCAGGAAGAUUACGACAGGCUAAGACCUCUUUCAUAUCCGUCCACGGACGUUUUCCUGGUUUGUUUCAGUGUUAUCUCCCCUCCGUCGUUCGAGAAUGUUAAGGAAAAAUGGUUCCCAGAAGUCCACCAUCAUUGCCCCGGUGUACCUUGCUUGGUUGUCGGUACGCAGAUAGAUUUAAGGGAUGACAAAGUGAUAAUUGAAAAGCUGCAGAGGCAAAGAUUGCGUCCAAUCACUGCAGAACAAGGUGAACGAUUGUCAAGAGAGUUGAGAGCAGUCAAGUACGUGGAGUGCUCUGCACUAACCCAGCGUGGUUUAAAGAACGUUUUCGAUGAAGCUAUCGUUGCAGCGCUAGAGCCUCCUGUUAUUAAAAAAAGUAAAAAUGUACUAUUCUAUAACCAUUUCAUGAAAUACAAACGUCCAUAUUAA